GUUUAAGCGCUUCAGGCACGGAGGCUUCACUAAGCCCGACGAUGAGGCACGCAUGGUGGAGGAUGUUGAGACGCUGGAGUAUGCUAACUCGACCGAGGAAGUCUUCCUGCUCACCAUCGGCAAGGGUAUCAGCGAUGGAGGCGCUACACUGCCCGUAAUGGGCGAAAAAGUGUGGGCGCAGUGGGAGGAGCUACUACGUGCGAGGCAAUUGCUACAUGAGGUCGAGUACAGCAAGAGUGAUCGACGCUUCCGAUUCGGAGAUGGCAAGACGCUGGAGGCCAAGCAAGCGGUGACACUGACGGUGUGGCCGUUUGGCGUCAAGAAGUGGAUCACGAUCCAUCUCGUCGACGGCUGGACGCCGCUGCUCAUCUCGCGGGCCUGUAUGGAGGAGUGGGGUUUGAUCCAGGACUACCGAGCUGGAACGUUCGUGAUGAAGGAUCUCCCCGACAAGGGCUGGAUGAAGUCCGUGCAUGACGAGAAGGGCCAUUUCAUCAUCGACCUGUUGGGUGGAGCUGGGCGCGACGCCGAGGAUGCCAUGAACGAGGGGGCCCCCUCCGACGGCGAUGGCAGCAGCAGCGACUCGACGGACAAGGACACCGAAGAAGAGUCGGUCAGAGGCGAUGAUGGUGACGACGGAGACACGUCGACACCUGACCCCGACGCCUUUUACCUUGAGACGCGGAUGGAGUACUACGAGAUCGGCAGCGACGACGAGACCCUGGCCGCGGAGGAGGUCAUGGGCCCGGAGCGCCACCUGAUGGAUGCGGACACCUACUCGGGCCUGGUCUUGGCGCUGGGGCAGGCGUCCGACAUGAAGGACACGCUGUGCGGACCACGCAAGAGGCUGGUCUGGGAGGUCUUCGUGGAUCAAGGGGCUUUGUCGCAGGAGCUGCUCGAGUUCCCGCAAAUCGAGGUGAUCCAGUUCAGAAUCGAGGACGGUUGGGACUUCUCCAAGCCUGCCGUGAUCCGCGACUUCCUGAACAAGAUCGACAACGACAAGCCCGACGAUAUCUUCUUCGCUCCCCCGUGCAAGCACUGGUGCUCCCGGCAGCACGUGAACGAGAAGAUCUGUGAGGAGCGCGCCAAGGAGAUCAAUGAUGCCAGGGAGCGAGAAGAGCGGACGUUUCUGAAGAUGAUUAUGACGGCAUUUGUGAAGCAGCAUAACGGAAACCGACGCGCGUAUGUAGAAGGCCCGUGGCAGGGGCUACACUGGCGGACGAAGACAUGGAAGAAGUUGCCAGGAUAUCACUGCUGGCUCGAUCAGUGCAGGCUAGGAGCGAAGUGCACGAUCCAGAGCAAAAGUAUGCCAUACCAGAAGCCCACGAGACUGCAGUCGACCAACAAAAUCUUCAUUCACCACAUGACCCUGGCAUGCGCGUGCACGGACGACCGCAUGAUCCUGCGGGGCAAGCUUGCCCAUCAGGCUCAGAACUACCCGAGACCGAUGGCGAGGAGAAUGGCCUACCUGAUAGCCUACCAGGGCAUGGCCGACGACAUCAGCGACAUCAACACGGCCGAGGAGGUCUACAAGGACAUCGCCGCCAUCGAGUACACCGACAUGAUGCAGGAGCUGAUGAAGCGAUUCAACGUGUCGACGAUCCGAGCAGUCGAGCGUGCACAUGUCAGCUUGGGCCACCCUUCAAACGCAGCGCUGGCGGUCGCCAUGCAGCAUGCGGGUGUCCCAGCAGAGUGGAUCCAGUGCGCCAGGCUCUCCCAGUGCGAGAUCUGCCUGGGCAGGCAGAGGCCCCGAGCGGUGCGCGUCGCAGUGCUGCCGAGGGCCAAGAGGUUCAACGAGGUGAUCUGCACCGACGUCUACUACAUCACGUGGAAGAAGAUGAAGGAGAGGAAGAUCCUGGCCAUUAUGGGCGAGUUUACGCGCUACGAGUUUGACUAUCCGAUCUCGAAGGAGACGUUUCUGAAGGAGUCGAAGCUAUAG